UGCGGGCCGGGGGCCGCGCCCGGGCGCUAUGAGCGGCGCCGGCGGGGCGGGGGAGGUGGCCGGCCCUGCGCCGCCCGCGCAGGAGGAGGGCAUGACGUGGUGGUACCGCUGGCUGUGCCGCCUGUCGGGGGUGCUGGGCGCCGUCUCCUGCGCUGUCUCCGGCCUCUUCAGCUGCAUCACGAUCCACCCCCUGAACAUCGCAGCCGGCGUGUGGAUGCUCAUGAACGCCUUCAUCCUAUUGCUCUGCGAGGCGCCCUUCUGCUGCCAGUUCGUGGAGUUUGCAAACACCGUGGCCGAGAAGGUGGACCGGCUGCGUUCCUGGCAGAAGGCUGUCUUCUACUGCGGGAUGGCUGUGAUCCCCAUCGUCAUGAGCCUGACUUUGACCACGCUGCUGGGCAAUGCUGUCGCCUUUGCCACCGGGGUGCUGUACGGACUCUCUGCCCUGGGCAAAAAGGGCGAUGCUGUCUCCUAUGCCCGGAUCCAGCAGCAGAAGCAGCAGGUGGAUGAGGAGAAGCUGGCAGAGACCGUGGAGGGGGAGCUGUGAUGCGGGUGCUGCCUCUGCCCGCCCUGCCCCCACCUGGCUCUGGGGAGCUUGUCUGGAGGAGGCCCCGUGUGUGUCCCCUGCCCAGCCCAGCCCAGCCCAGGUCCUGACCCCAUGGUGC